AUUCGCGUGAUAGUAGAAGUAUUAUGCAUCCAUUUGGUGGGAGAAGUACAUGAAAGGACGAAUGCAAUAGGUGGAGUUUAAAGAGGGGUAGGGCUACUCAUUCGGUAGCAAAUGCUGGUAACCCGUCGCAAGGUCAAGAUCAGUCGGCUAAUCCUUUUCAGUCAGCCAAGGGCCUUGCACCUUGGAGUCACGAAAUACUUUCUGAAUCGUAUUAAUAAAUACGUACACCAAAUUUUUACGAAGAUAAUUAUUGUAGAUAAAGUGCGUUUAGUGAUCGUUCAAAAAAUUUAACAAUUAUGAUUUAAUGAAUCUUUCUAAUGAAGUUUUAUUCAAAAAAUCUAAACCAUGGAAACUUGCGUGUUGAUACCGAAGGAAUUUUCGCUAGCAUUAGCAACUGAUCAUAAUACUUGUCCUGAACUCUUUAAAAAUGAUUCUAGAUCAUUUACAGCUGAUGUCAGAAUUUCAGUAUGGUCUAAUGUCUUUAUACCAUCCGGAACACUAAUUUAUCCUUUUCAAGGAUCUAUCAGAUUCGACAAAAUUGAUCUCUACUCCCUUCUCGAUGAUAAUGAUAUCAGACGCGAAUACGGUUGUUACGAUGAAGUAUCAUUUUCAAACUAUAAUCUUAACAAACGUCAAUGCAAUUGGAUCCGAUUUUUACGUAUUGUACAAAGUUAUAAUGAUCAAGUUAAUCUUAUUGGUACUAAAGUUAAGGGUGAUCCAAUAUUUGAAGUUAUUAAAGACGUUGAACCGGAUUCAGAGCUUAUUGCAUGGUUCUUACCAGCAUCUCAUGAAGACCUCGUCUUCAUAUCGCGUGACUUCUGCUCGCGUUCUGCAAUCUACAGGUGCACUAUCGACUCGAUUCUUGCCGAUUCACCUUUAGAUCUUUCGAAAACAUUACUGUCACAUCAAUCAUCCCCAAUCACAACUUCAUACUAUGAACCAGAUGAAUAUGAGUCAACAUCUGAAGAAUCAUCUUCAUCUACUUUAUCAAUGACUAGUGAUCAUUUGGACUGCAGUAUUUUAACAACAAUAAAAAGGGGAGAACGUGUCCUUCUUCCUUGUGAAGUCUGUGGCAAGUCAUUUGAUCGACCAUCUUUACUGAAACGUCAUAUGAGAACUCAUACUGGAGAGAAACCACACAUUUGCAUGGUUUGCAACAAAGGAUUUUCGACUUCAAGUUCACUUAAUACUCACAAACGAAUUCAUAGCGGCGAAAAACCCCAUCAAUGCCUUGUAUGUGGAAAAAAAUUCACUGCCUCAUCUAAUCUGUACUACCAUCGGAUGACUCAUAUCAAGGAAAAACCGCACAAAUGUUCCCAAUGUUCCAAAUCAUUUCCAACACCAGGAGACUUAAAAAGCCAUAUGUAUGUCCACAAUGGGCUUUGGCCUUUUAGGUGUCAUAUUUGCAAUCGUGGAUUCAGUAAGCCAACGAAUCUCAAAAAUCACAUGCUUCUGCACCUUGGAAGAUGCUCAAAUAAAAAAUUUAUUAAGGCUGAUUUAUAAAUGUACUAUAAUAUUGAAUGAAGUAGAAUUUUUUAAAUUUAUUAAGUAGUU